AUCACACAACCUCUGGCCACACAGACUUACAGGGCACCUCAUACCAGAAUCACACAUCAGGACAGUCAUACAUCUGGCAACUAAUGGAUCAAAUCGUAAGUAGUGGCUCUGUGCCAGUUUCUUCCUUUGAAUCAGCACUUCAACAAAAGCAGGCCGCUGGAUCGUCUGUUCGAGCAAAAAUAGCCGCCAUUGAGGGGAAUCUAUCAGGUGCUGCCAACACAAGCAACAUGCUGAAGCUUGACUUUGAGAGAAGAUUUACAGCUACACAGAAUCUGAAGCCUUCAUCACUGACAGUGCAAUCACUUAAACCUGCUGAAACACAGAUUAACACCGACACCUCUGGAUCUUCUACUCCCUCUCAUCAGAAAAUCAUGAAAUAUGUCUCUCUUACUCCCACGGAUGCGGAACAGAUUUAUUAUAAUAGACUGGAGUCUAGCAAAAUGCUGAAACCAGAAACUCGGCAACGACAUGAGCCAUCCUUUCCCAAAGUGUACCACGGCACCAAACUAUCUGUAGGAAAACAAAACAAUUCUACCAAAGGGCAAAGUUUCACAGGCAGAAAUGGCUGGGUGGAAAACAUCACCAGCACAAAACCUCUCAAACCUGCAAAAAUGCAGAAACCUAACUACAUAAGAGCAACAGCUGGAGCCAAAAACAAACUCCAAAGAGAGAGCAAGGACCCCUGCAUCAGUUUGAAUAGGCUUCCUGAUAUUCUCGGAAACCCUCCUUCGAAACCUAAAAGGCCUCCAAGUGUUGACAUUGAGAAAUUCGGAAGGAAUCUCAAAGAUCGGAAUUAUGGACGGGGGAUGAAGACGCCACCUUCUGAUGCUGCUCCGCCUCAGCGUCCACGUCCAUGUCCAUCAUACGACCGUGCAGCCGUUUUGAGUCAGCAGUUAGACGAGGAUCAGAGCUAUGAUAAUGUUGGCAUGAGGAACCCUCCACCGCUCCCCAUUCAAGUACACCCCUCAAAGAGGACAGAGGCAGAUUUGAGUGAAGACAUCUAUGAAGAACCUGAUGAUAAAUGGAUGGAACAAGCAGGGAAAUCUAAAACACACACCAAGAAAGAAAAAGUGAAAAAGAGGAUGCAAACCAAGGCAAAGUCACACAGGAGAAACAGGCAGAGCCGAAAGGAACCAUCAGCCUGCAGGAAAUGCAAGGCCAAGGCAUAAAUGCAAAUAAAGAGAAGAAAAAGAAUUUCAAGAUUAAAGGACCUAUUCAUGCAAUGAAGAAGGGAAAGGCACUCUUUGAUUUUAAAGGAG